ACUCUCCCCGAAUCCUAGCGUUUUUGUCUUUGUAGAUCCGAGCGUAGCGUCCUAACCUGAGUUCUUUUCACUCUCUCUCUCAGAGACCAAAGAGCUCAGGAACCCUCUCCCAUUUCCCACCUCAUAAUCAAUCCCCUAAUUCAUUCAUUGUAAAUCAUUUUAAUCGCGACCGAUUUUGACCCUAAUCUAGUUCAAAGUUUCAAUUCCUUCAUUCCUUCCCCGAUUCUCUGAUUUCUUCAAUAGAAAUGGCAUUUAUUUGCUUCUAGGGUUUCCUAGAUCUUCUCCCUCACUUUCCGAAGCAACUAUUUACCAGAUCGUUAUCAAGCUUUUCAGAAUUGCUGAUAUGGCUGUUCGUGUUACCUUAACCUACUCUGGACAUGUCGCCCAAAACAUCGCUUCCUGCGCCGGUAUACGGGCUGGAAAUUUUCGCUCCUUCCACGCGUGCUGGGUUCGUUCACGAAUUUUCGCUUCCCCUACUGUGCAAAACUCGGAUCUCGAACCCCCUGCACCGCGGACGCGGGAUUUCCAGUCCGGUUGCCGGCGCACGAACCAGAAGCUGAAUUCCUGGAAUAAGAGUUCGGUUUCGAAUUAUGGUACCGUUUCUGGAGAGAUUUUCGGUGAUAACUGUAGGAACCCUAUUGCUGUCGGGUUGGUCUCGCUGAUGAAGUCAACGGCUGGGAUUUCAGCUUCUUCAUCAUGCACGGGCAUUUUAGGAAUUUCGCCACUUAAAGCCUCCUCGAUCCUUCCUUUUAUCCAAGGAUCAAGGUGGCUUCCUUGUAAUGAGUCGGCUUCUGAGCCGAAGAGUAGCGACGUGGAUAAAGGUGGGACAGUAAGUUGUGUAAGCAAUGAUUGCAAUACUGUGACGUUGAAGGUUAGCGGGAAAGAGUUUGCCAAGAGUGGAAGCUGGUUAACUAAGGUGUUCAGUUUUUGUUCCGAGGAUGCCAAGGCCAUUUUUACGGCUGCCGCUGUUAGCUUGUUGUUCCGGUCGGCUUUGGCGGAGCCAAGAUCCAUUCCUUCAAAUUCCAUGUGCCCUACUCUGGACGUGGGUGAUCGCAUUCUCGCAGAGAAGGUUUCAUAUGUUUUCAGGAAGCCUGAAGUUUCAGAUAUAGUGAUAUUCAGGGCACCUCCAAUCUUGCAGGAAAUCGGUUAUAGUUCUGGUGAUGUAUUUAUAAAAAGAAUUGUGGCGACUGCUGGAGACAUUGUUGAAGUUCAUGAGGGCAAGUUAUAUGUGAAUGGAGUUGUUCAAGAUGAGGAUUUCAUUCUAGAGCCACUUGCUUAUGAGAUGGAACCAGUGCUUAUACCAGAAGAUUAUGUCUUUGUUAUGGGAGACAAUCGCAAUAACAGUUUUGACUCCCACAACUGGGGUCCACUUCCUGUUGAGAACAUUGUUGGUAGGUCAGUGUUUCGCUAUUGGCCUCCCUCCAAAGUAUCCACCACCAUAUAUGGUUCAUAUGCAGAGAAGAAUACUGCAUCAAUAGAUCAAUCAGGAAUGUGUUUUUCAUCAUGGUCGUCAAUCAGUUUCUGCGUUUCUGGAUGGCCUGUGUCACCAGAGCAUUCUUUACUGAAACCACCUUUCCAAGAUCUUGCAAACGAGAAAUUGGGAGGAGAAAAGAAAAGGGAACAAGCAGGACAUUUCUAUUCUUAUCUGGAAGUUUAUUGCAUUGGGCCCCUUUGUGCUCGUACGUUGUUCAUUGCCUUGGUUGAGGAGUGGAGGAAGCUUGUGAUAAAUGAUGUAGGUGGCGUGUUAUUCUUUAAGGAUCUGCGACUUGAUGCCAUUGGUAGGCGGAAGGGGAAACUCGUUCUUAUUGUAGCUCUCAGCCAGCAUGGCUAUAAUUCGUCGUCGUUUACCCUUCUCUUCCUCAUCGUCCUGUUCUUCCAAUUUCAUGCCCUACCAUUUGCCAUAGCAUUCGCCCUUCUCCACCCCAACGAUACCCACGUCCUCCAGGAUGUUCUCAAAGAGAUAUUCAAAACGCAGAAUUGGGAUUCUGAUGGAAUUACGUCUUCCAAAUUGAAAGUGAGCAAGGUUAGAUUUGGUACUGCUCAGAGAUACGAGUUCCGGAUCCGAUUCGGGAUGAAUGACUUGGUUCUCAAAUUCCCGGACGAAAUUGCUUCUUGGAACAAGUUCAACGAAGAAAGGGAUGAUUUUGGAGACUUCGUUAGGGAGGUUGGUUACUCGGCUGUACUUGACACCUUCAGAGUGGACGGUCCAUUUGAUUUGCUUGUCGCUGGCCAAGACGAGCUCUCCUUGUUGUUGCCGCUGAAUGUGUCGCACAGCCGUUUGAAAAGAAUACUAGUGGGUGAAGGCAUCACUGUAGAAGUUAAAGGAGCUCAAGAACUCUCUCUUUUUGACACUUUUGACCAUAGUUUCACAGAAAAUAGGAGUUUUAAGAUUAGCAAGGGGAGGACUGGCUUCUGCUCCUUUGGGCAGUCGUUGUGCAUGCCAUUACUUCCUAUACGCAUUAUUGGGUCAGCAUCGCUUAUUGCAUACAGGACUAGGAAUUAUGAUUCACCAGUUGAAACAACUUUAUUGUCUGAAAAGAUGAUUGAAUUACUACCUGAAAAAUGCUAUAUUAGUAAUGCGUAUAAGAGCAAAGCUAGGCUCAAUCAUCCCUUUAGUUUGAAGAUCAAUAUGCUAGGCAAACUAUUGAGGAGCUUUCUUGGUAACAGAUUGGGGCAAAAGUGGGUUUCAGGCUCUCUUAGAGCAAAUGUUAAAGCAGCAACGAUCAUUCAUUUUCAGUUGGAGAUAAUAAAGAGUAUUGCGAGGAAUGGAACUUCACAUGAUGUGCUGGAAGACUGGAAAACAAGGCCUACAGUUGAACGGGUUUGGUUUGAAGUAAUGGCAAGAAUUGAAGCUCAGAAGCUGAGGCUUGUAAUGCUUAAGAAGGUCAGACCUUUUAUAUCAGUAGAUUCAGUUUCAUGGAGUAAUUUAAUGUCUAAUAUCUCAUUUACAAAAUUCCCAUCUAUUCUGGUACCUCCCGAGACCCUAACGCUGGAUGUAAAAUGGUAGGACGAAACUCUUGUAAAUAGUUUUGAUUGUCAUUUAUGUGCUGUCCCUGUCCCUUUCUUAAUGAUGUUGUACAUAAUGUUAAAAAGAUUACCGUUAUACAAGAGGAAGUAUUACCUUGCUUUUGUUUCCUCUUCUA